AUGCGUCUGACGAGAUCUCGCAAGUGUCGUAUAGACACCUCGCUGGCAAAAACCAGCCAAGAAGCACCCACGUCAGACCCAAGCGAUAGCACCGACGCCUCAUCACCCGUCAUCGUCGUGCUCCCCAAGUCCCAAGAAGAAUCUCCCACUCAUAGUCCGGCGGAUUCCGCGCUCGCCAAGCAGCCCAUCGUCAACGGCAAUCCCAAGCUCCGGCGGCGUGCCCGCGGCAGCGGCGGAACAAAGUCUGACAAAGAUUCCUCCUCACUCAGCAGAGACCCCCUCUCCAAGAGACCACGUUCCAUUCCCGCCAAGAGACGAGUUCCUGGACUUUUGCAGCGCAUCAAGGAUCGCGCUGAUAUUGAGAUUUCUCGUGCCGAGGAUGCACAGGAGCGCGCUGAUCUGCAGAUUAAAUGGAAGAGGACCACGCCUACGCCUACCCCCAGUAUAGGCGGCGAAUCGCACGACAAGAUGGCUCAAGACACGCAGACCUGGCCUGAUCAGGUUGCCCUGCAGAUAAGACCGAGGGAGGACGCGGCGUACAAUGGAGACGUGGUGUAUCAGCGGAAAUCACAUGGUCCGCUGCUCGGAAAGCUGGCAUCACAGGGUUCAGUCAUAACGAUUGACGGAGAGGAUUACGUCGAGUAUCGGGUCCUGGCGAAGCUGCGAGCUGUUUAA